AUGGCUCUUGACCUCAUUUCUUUGAUCCGUAUCGUAUACUCUUUUGGCCUUCCGUCUUUAGCUGUCGGGUGCGGGCGUACAAUUACAGCGACGGCAAUCCAUGCUUUGCCGCCGUCUGCUUGCAACAGCUUCGACUUUGUGCACGAGCUUAAGCUGUCGUCGUUGACUUUCUUCCGCAAACAGUGUCUCAGGCAAGCUCUUCUGCCUAUCUCUGCCCGCACCUGCCGUUUUCAGCCUGGCCGCUUUGUUUCGAGCUUCUCUUCUGAUUCCAUCUGGCCCUCGCCUUUCGAACCGCGAGCUUCAUUGUCAGCCACAUACGCCUUCUCCCUCCAGCCAAUCGAGUCUUCCGCCAAGCGACUCUCUGCCAUUCCUUUGACGAUUCUCAAAAAGCAGACACAUCCUUCUUCUUCACCCGUCACAAUCAUCCCUCAUAUACCCUUCACCGAGACACUCCUUCAAGACGUUCACUCUCCCUUUCUCACCCCUUUAAGCACCGAUUCGAUCCGGCCCACAGAUAAAUCACACCGCAAACAUGGCAGGAUCUUCAAUGACAAGGCUUUUUCGGCCAGACUUCGCCGUACUCCACCGAGCUCUUUGGCAUGGCGUCAUGCCAAGGUCCACGGCUUCAAGCUCAACCAAGGUCAAGGGUGGCCUUUGAUCAAUGUCGUUCUCGCCACCUACCUCCCCAAUGAACAAGAUAUCAUCAGGCGUCAAGCCAGAUAUGCUCUUCGAGAGCUCAACUACGCCCCUUACCGAAUGACCAUCAACGUUUGCUACAACACCCCUUGCCCCAUCGAGCCCGUCGAGACAGAACUUCGAAAUCUCGCCAAGGAGCGUUCCAGCCUCCGCAUCCUCAAGGUCCCCAAGUCCACUUCCAAGGCCGACAACCUCAAUCACUUCCUCACUCUCGAGUCCAAGGGCGAAAUCAUUACUCUCUACGAUACUGAUCACUACCCCGAGCCCGAUGCGCUUCGCUGGGUCGCCAAGCGCUUCAUGCAAGGAGGUGUCGAUAUCAUCCAGGGUCGAUGCUGUAUCUACAACUAUUCCGAUACCUUCAUGACCCGACUCAUCGCUUCCGAAUCCGAUCUCAUUUACGGUGUUAUGCACUCCUGUCGUGCCGAAAUUCAGGAUUACGGUUUCUUCGGCGGUUCCAACGGACACUGGAACGCCUCUCUUCUUCGCACUCUGGGUAUGCAAAAGCAUAUGUUGACCGAAGAUAUCGACUCAUAUAUGCGCGCCAUUAUCUCGGGAGCUCGUUUCGAGUACAACCUCAAGGUUCUCUCCUACGAGCUUGCUCCCGAGACCCCUCUCUGCUCUUGUCAAGCAAGUCGUGGUGCUUAUUCGGAGGGCAACAAAUGGCGUUCGUGUAUCGGUCUCUUCCAGCUUCUCCUCUACCGCGAGUUCUACUUUUACAUCAAUUCUCAGCUCGUCUUCAUGCUUGCAUUUGGUAUCUGCUACAACCUCCCCACUCAGGGUCUCAAGCGGUACUUUGAGGACUUUGGUGGAUACUCGUUGUCGAUGUUCGCUCUUGCUGUCAACCUGAUCUUCACCUCGAUGAUGGCUAUCUUCUGUCACUCCCGAGAGUUUAUCAAGUUCGAAAAGUGGAACCCCACCGCUCGUACUUCUGCCAACUCCAAGACCAACACCUCGACCGCCAACUCGAGGGUCCGUUCCAACACCAACAGUAUCAUCAGGUAG